UCCAAAUCGUAUCCAGCUGGUUGACUGGGCUUGCGCGAUUUUAUUGCUCAGCAAUCAGCUGGCACUCUGUAUAGUCAUCGAAAUAAUUUAUUAUGCUGUUAAAAGUGCAGUCGAAUUCCCUCUGAUUAAUCCAGAUAUAUAAAUUAAAAGGAGACGCGCAGGCAAGCUUUAAUCGGUACUGUAUGCCGCGGCAAAACUCCUUGUAUGAGCGGUGCCUGGUAUGAGUGAAAUUAUGGCAGAACUGCCUCAGCUGGGUAAACACUGUCACGUGGAAUCAUGCAAUCGUUUAGAUUUUUUACCUUUUGAGUGUGUGCACUGCAAGAACUCGUUUUGUGUUUCACACAACCCUGUCAACAGCAGUGACCAUCGUACGUCGGAUGCGCAUGUGUGCGAUCAAGUGCAGACCCACAUUCUUACUGACAACGAAGCCAAGUGCAGUAGGACCGGAACACUUUUCGGAUGCACAUUUAGUGAGUGCACGCAAAAGGAGCUGACUCCAAUAGCCUGUGGACUCUGCGCAGCUAAUUUCUGCGUGCGGCACCGCCACGCUCAGGACCACAAAUGCAAAUGUCUCCCAUCGCAAUCGGAGCACAUGCCCCUUACCACAAAAGUGGUCCAGAAAAUAUUAGAGUCAAAGAAGCCAGUUGAAAAACCUAUGUCAAGCAAAGCAAGCAUAUCUCCAACUGCACAGAAGGUGAAACUGAUGAAAAUGAAGAUGCAUGCUGCUGGUGAAAAAAAUGUCCCCCUUGCCGACAGGGUGUAUUUUGAAGUAUACUUCCCAAAAGGUCACAAGGUUCGCUCAAAGCCCUAUCAUUUUUCCAAGUUAUGGACAGUGGGGAGAGCAAUUGACAGCACUGCUUUAAUUGAGAAACUUCCAAAUCAGAACAACAGGCUGACCGAAAAGAGAUUGCUGCUGUUCCAUGCAAGUACCUUCAAGGCACUCGGUGUGAGUGACAGCUUUGAGACACUGUUGAACUCCAAGCUCCUCAACGAAGCAGAAACAUUAGUUCUUGAAUAUGUUGCUCCAAACUGUGAUUCAUUAGCAGCAGACUAUCAUUUUGAGGAAACUUGAGUGUCUGCCAUGUCUGGAUAGCGAGUAACAUUUUCAAUAGAGGUUCAUAUGUCUUGCAGGAAUUCACUGGGUAACUGUGCUAUUUUGUUGUAGCAAUAUGUAGCUCUACAUUUUGAAUACACAGUAAACCUUCACUACAAUGAAGUGAUUCUUGAAGUUUAUUGUACUGCUGAGCACAACGAUAAAAGUUCAGCUCCUGGCCAUGGUAGCCGUAUUUCAAAAGGGGCGAAAUAUAAAAAAUUCUUGUGUCCUUAUAUUUUAGUACAAAUUAAAGAUUGCUCCACUGGGGCAUCUCUCAUAGCCCAGGGGUAGCUUUGGAAUGCUAAACAUUCUCAAACAGUGAAUUUAUUAUAGUCUUGACUUAGGCACACACAUUUAGACGAGGUUAUAUGAAGUCCAGUGACAACAGAUUUCUGUGAAUAUGAAGGACAAACUAGCAAAACAUUUCAGGCCCACAUGGAGGAGCACUGAAAGUGUUCUUUUAUGCUCCCUUUUCACUUAUUGAAUGUAAAUAGCACUGCAAAGGUAGCACCAUUGCAUCAUGCUGGCUUAUAUGUUACACAUCGAUAGCUGAGGUGGAAGUAACUUCAAGAGGCCAUUGACACCCCUAUGCCACCUGGUCAUUUCACUUUGUUUGGAUCAGUUGCAAGGGAUAAUGCAGAGGAACAGAAAAGUAGUGGCUCUGCAGUCUAGAAUAAUGAUAGACAGGAGGCCAGAGGGCUUGGGGAGUAUGUCAAUGCCUACACUCGCUUACAUGUUGCACAGUACAACAAGGAGAAGCAAACGCAUGUGUAAGAAAGAAAAUUGCUAUGGGCACCUGUACCUAACAAACAGCCUGUAGUGCGAGUCUCUUGUGCACUGACAUAAUCCUCACUAUUUAGCAUCUGUGCGUGCCUAACUUGCAACUUACAGUAGUUUUUACUUGGACAGAGAAAAUUCAGUAGGGCAAUAAUAUUCAAAUCAAGUUGUCAGAGGUCUGACACCAGUAUGAAAAAAUUAAUUUUUUUUUGUUGCUUGUUGCACUGCAAAUAUUUGACACAUGGGCCUUGUCAUGAAAAACCUUCCGAAGAAGUUGUGACACACAUACAGGACACAUCCGUUGUGUGUGCAGCAUACUGUAGGCACAUCCCGUGUUAAAGGUAGCCUUGUUUCUCUCAGUAACACUAAGUUCAUUGCAGCAUGACUACAUGCCCAAGUUUAGGACAACUGGGCCCUAUUCUCCAGUGAUCACUUUCAGGAAUACCUUUGCAAGAUUUCGCAUCGCUAGCGCUACUGUUGCCUGUAGACGUCAAGUACGUGGUGCAUCUGGCAGUUGUCAAGCAAAAUCUUGUGAAGGUGUAUGUAUCCUAAAAGUGACUGUUCAAGAAUGCCACCUCGGUCUCCACAGAAGUGCUUGGCUCUUGAAUAGAAAAUCACAAUUAAGCACUAGAAAAGGUGGGCUCAAACUAUAAAUUUAGAAGGAAUAAACUAUUUGCUCCAUAGCCAUGCGUACUGGCAGUGAUGUACGAGGUGCACCGUGUUGUUGGAGGAGGCACAGCUAGCAGAACCUGGUAGAAAUGCUGGCCAAACAUUCUUAAAGUGUUUCCUUGCCAUUGAAUAAAAUUUGUCAUGUUUGA